AACUAGCAGUUUGAGGGGUUUUAGGGUUUUCAGAAUCCACAAGAGGAAAACAAUGGUGAGAUUAACAGCGGAUUUGAUUUGGACAAGCCCUCACUUCUUCAACGCCGUACGCGAACGUGAAUUGGAUCUUCGAGGCAACAAGAUUCCCGUCUUAGAAAACGUCGGUGCGACGGAGGAUCAGUUUGAUACCAUUGAUUUGUCUGACAAUGAAAUUGUUAAGCUCGAAAACUUUCCCUGCAUGAAUCGACUCACUACUUUGUUGAUUAACAAUAACAGGAUUACUCGUAUCAACCCAAAUAUCGGAGAGUUUCUUCCUAAGUUGCAUACUUUGGUACUUACCAGCAAUAGACUAACAAACUUGGUUGAGAUUGAUCCCCUUGCAUCACUUCCCAACCUUCAAUUUCUUACUUUACUCGAUAAUAACAUUACAAAGAAGCCAAACUAUCGUCUCUACGUCAUACACAAGUUGAAAUCGCUACGAGUGCUGGAUUUUAAGAAGGUCAAACUAAAGGAACGAAUUCAGGCACAAAACCUGUUUGCAUCAAAAGAAGCCGAAGAGGAGGCUAAAAAGGAAUCUGUGAAGACAUUUGUGCCCAAGGAAGCGGCAGUUGUUAGUAAAGAAGUGCAGCAAACACCUAAAAAAGUAGCACCCACACCAGAGCAAAUCAUAGCUAUCAAGGCUGCUAUUGUGAAUUCCCAGACUCUUGAGGAAGUAGCAAGGCUUGAAGAGGCAUUGAGGUCUGGACAACUUCCUUCGGAUUUAAUCAUAAAUGAUGACGCAACAACUGAAAAUGAAAUGUCGACCGACGAUGGAGAGACUCGGAAGAAUGAUGAAUCCGCAAACAUGGAUCAGGACUAGUGCUUUGAAAUUGGUUUUACCAUAUGCUAGUAGUAGUGAUAAGAACUCCUUUAUUGGCCUUGUAAGUGGUUGAAUGAAUGAUCUUCAACUAGAUUUUCAAAUGAAACAUGUAUGAAUUGUGAGA